GUGUCCCGGCUUCAGGAGCCGGCGGUGCCGGGCGGUUCUGAGGCUGGACAAGGAGCCGGGCGGGGCGGAGGGUUGCGGUGGGGCUGGUGCUUUAGCCGGGCCGGGCUUGGAGCUGCGGCGCGGAAGUGCUGCGCGGGGUGAGAUCCCGUGAGCACCGUGCCCGGAUCCAGGCCUGGCCGUCGUAUCAAACCGUGCCGCCUCCUCCGGGCUGUGCUGCCAUCACUAACUCAUCCCACGCUCCUUCCGGACCCCGGCAGCGCCCGGCCUUGGAAAUGUGGAAAUAGAUGCGAUCGGGGCGGAGGGCUUGUGUCCGAAUGGGGCUGAGGCCUGUCACCUCCACAGCUCCUCGGGGCUUCGUGUUAACGAGGAAUGAAGAUGAAUGAAAUACUUCAUUGGCCGUAGCAGGAUCAGGAUGUGCAAGGAACGUUGUCAUAUCUAUUAGUGGGCAUAAUGCAGAAUCCUUUAACUUUUUCUGCAGUUCCUCCAGGUGGUUGCAGCACUGAAGCCUUGCUUUGUAAAUCUCUGGGGAUGGGAUUCUCUGUUGAGUGAAAUGACUGGGCAAAAAGGAACAAAGAACUGAGUGGUCCUUCAUCUGUGUUCUAUUCUGCCAUUUGUCCAGUCAUACACAAGUUAAGUAUAUGCCUGCACAAGCAAGGAAGGCUUACAAGAGUUAUUUUUAAAAAGAAAAAAGGCAUUAAUAUUCAGUAACUUCAGGAAUUCCGAGUUUUCUGUUGUUGUUGUUGUUUUAAUUUAAUUUAAUUCUAUUUAUUUAUUUAUUUAUUUUAAUAUUUGAAGGAGAUUUGGUGGGAAAUAUAAUUUCUUCUGGUGCUUUCAGUGAUGCCUGAGUUCACCAGUGUUGCAUGCUACAUGUGUAUGGUGAGAACGAAUAGAAAGACAUGUUGUAUGUCUGUAGAAGGCGAAAAAGAUUGGAAUAAACUAAAUAUGAAUGACUUGUGAAGGAAAUGGAGCCAUGAAUGAGUGGCAGCCCAGUGGAAGAUACUCUUUCCUCCAGAGGACUCUUCUCAACCUGUCUCUAGUAGAAGUUUGAUGCAUCGUUGAUUUUUAUUGGUGUAUCACUGGCCAGUCCUAUACAAUUUUAAGGUAAUUUAGAAGCAGGGAAAGCUUAUGACAUCCUGCAAGUAUCAGAGUGAUUUUAUACUCACAUGUAUGAGUGUGGUAACCAUUAAUCUUUCAACAGAGACUUUUAAAGCAAAUGGAUUGAAUUGCAUUUGACUUAACCUUGUACUUAAUUAUUUAAAAGUGUCUACCUAUCACUCCAACUGCACGCCCAUUUGAAAGACUGAAUACACAUCGGUUAAAAUUGAGCUGCACAUCAUUCAGAUAUUGCACCCAAUGCGUUCAUUUGUUUCCUUCAUUUCUAAGGAAAUAGUUUUGGAGAAGGUAUAAAAGCUGCUGCCUUGCAAUGACAGACCUAUAGACUAUGACUUGUAAAAGGAAUGUGUUCUAAAACAAGGGCCAUCCUUAAGAAUGCCAUCAUAGGGCCUCUCAUAACUGCCAAUUCCCCUUCUAAGAUGCCAGACUUCUUUUGCUCAACUCACAGCUGGCUAGUCCUUGCCAAAAAAAAGUCCUUCGAACAGGUGGAAGUACUUUGGAAGAUGGAGUGGAACAGAAGUGGAAUGACCCUGGAAGAUGCAUACUGGCUUUUUGACAGCUUCAUUAGAUAAACACAAAUCUCCUACGGACAUAAUACAAAGUUUUCAGAAGAAAAGUCAGUUUAGGACCAUUGCUCCAAAAAUGGUGCCAAAAGUUGUAACAUCUGGAAUGGUUUCUUGUCUUCAGUCAUCUUUGCCUGAACAACAUACACCGAUUUCAGCAGCUGGUUCUAAACCACUGGUGGUACCAGCUCAAAACUAUGCUGUCAUGCAGGUUGCUGGUCAUGAGGGCACAUUUUCUCUUUUGGCCUUGCCGUACGUCACCCCUGCUGUGAUUCAGCCAAGCCAGCAAACAAAGAUGGCCCAUUCUGAAAACUUAAAGUUGCCUAUCCCUCGGUACCAAUCUGUAAGAAACAAAUUGCUUAGUGACAAUAAAACAAGCCAAGCCUCUGUUUUGAAUACACAGAACAAGGUACCUACCAAAGGACAGAUCUCGUUGCAGACUUCCCCCAUGACUGCCUUAGCUGAAGACUCUCCAAAAACUCAUUCUAGCUCAGACUCAUCUGAGCCAGUGACACUAACAGACCAUAAUUCAUCUGAAAUGAUGGUUGCUACAUUACAAAGUAAAAACACUUGUGUGGAAUCUGGAUCUCCUUCAGUGAACAAAACAAAAACUGCUAUCAGUAAUGUUUCUGGACCAUCUAUAGUUAAAGAGUCUUCAAGCAAGCCAGAAAAUUCAAGUAAUCCUGUGAAAUUUAGCCUGGACUCUGUGAAGACAGCAUCUGCAACUGCAGAAGAAUCAUUCAUUAUGUCAGAGAAUCUAAAGGAAAAACCCAGAAAUUCUGCAAAUUCUGUUUCCGUCCUAUCACCAGCAGUUUUUGGCAGUAAAGUACAGAUGACUCCACCAGCACCAACAGGAAAACUUCCUAUUUUGCCUUACUCAAGAAUGAAAAAUUCAGUGUUUUGUAAAUCACGAAGUACUAAUGCAAAGGAUAUGUCUGAUAUUUCACUAAGACCUGAAUGUGAAAAGAUGCCAGCUUUGGCAGAAACCUUUCAUGCUCCUGCUAAAGCAUCUGAUAAACUAUUAUCUGUAUCUUUGACUCAAGAGCCCAAACAAACCAUUCGGGAAAAUACUUUCUCUCCAUCCAGUAAUGUGGAUGUUGACAGCCUUAAAAAGUUGAAUGGUACACCCUCUACAAGGAGAGUCAGGAAGAGAAGAGUCCAAGAUGAUUUAUUGGCUUUUCAGGCCAAGCGAAAGAAAUGCAUCGUUAAUAAAUUUCGAGAAGUAAGAGAGAGGGUGAAAGCUGAUCUUCAGCCACCUGAAGACAAAAAAGCAGAGGCAGUGAAAAAAUACCGUAAUAUUAGACCCAAACCAGUGGUUGUGCAGGCUGUUGCACCGCUGACUUCUACAGUGCUGGUAGAGGCAAAGUCUCCUGACCAUUUAGACAAAGGUGAUUUUUUAAACAGUUCACAUGCCAGUAAAUAUUCAGGAUACAAGCAUAAUGAUACCACAUCUGCUACAUCAAUUGAUUCGGGUAGAAAUGCGUACUCAGCUGUACCCAAGCCAUGGCAUAGAUGCCAUGUAUGUAACCAUAACUUCCAGUUCAAACACCAUCUUCAGGACCAUAUGAAUGCACACACAAACAAACGGCCCUACACUUGUCGAAUCUGCCGGAAGGCCUACAUUCAUUCUGGAAGCCUGAGCACGCAUAUGAAACUUCAUCACAAUGAAGGCAAACCCAAAAAGUUUGUGUGUUGUGAAUUCUGUGCUAAGAUUUUUGGCCAUGCAAAAGUAUACUUUGGUCACCUAAGGGAAGUGCACAGGGUUGUUAUUAGCACAGAGCCCUCAGGUAGUGAGCAACAGAUGCAAGAUGCUUUGAGGAACAGGGACACAAAUAUAAAAGAGGCAGAAGAAGCAACGGAAAGGGGAAAUAGAUGCGAUUUCGAAGACCUAUUCCAUAAUACAGGAGAAGUUAAAUUACAGAUCAGAUGUGGUCAGUGUCACUUCAUUGCGCAAUCUUUUGGUGAAAUGAAAUUUCACUUGUUAUGCUCUCAUGGAGAAGAGAUCCAGGGAAGAGUAAAGGAAGGAGCUCUGCAAGGAAAUAGAGGAGCUAGGGGAGAACUGAUCAAACAUGCAGCUCACUUCUGGAAACAGCGCAAUGAAAGAAGACAUUUGGCAAAAUGCAGUGACAAUGAGGAGGAGUUGUGUACUUAUCCAAAACUGAAAAGACAAAUAUACAUUCACCAUCAAAGUAAUGCUGAUGCGUUAACUAAAAGUGAAAUGACUCAUUCAGGAAGCAGUGAAGCAGCCAAGGGGAUGCAAAAUGCAGGUUGUGGUACACCAAGCAAAAAGAUUGAAUUUUGGUCUAACGCUGGAUAUAACUGCAUUUUAUGCAAGCAGGUAUUUGGAAGAAAAGAGGAUCUUUGUAAUCAUUGGCAAAGUCAUCAUAACUGUGAAGACUCUUCUAUUUUAUGGACAAUUUUUAGUUUCUUCUCAAAACACGGAAUUUUUGAACUUUCUAGUGUUGGUGAAAAUUGAGGUUCAGUUCUACAGUUGCUGUGUUGAUGAACUGACUUGAGAUGCAUUGCUUCAGAGGUUUGCUUAGUGUGGUGACUUUUUAGUUAUCAGUUACAAUCUUUGCUCACCUUUGUUUUGCUAAAUAGAACUUGUAUUAAUCCAUUAUCUUUCCAGAUGGUUAAAUGCAGGCUUGUUAUGAAAUACUGUACUUAGUAUUCAUGUGUGAGGAAUUUGCAGCAGCAAAAACUCAAUGCUAAUGGUUAAAAUGAAGAAGAUGCUCAAGUUCCAUUGCACCCUACACACAGAAAUAAGUCAGUUUAUAUGAAGUAAUCCCAGUCGUGAAUGAAAUGGCAAACCAGACUGAAAGUGUGAUUUCAGGCCUGACUGUGCUUCUGCAUUUUAUGCUAAAACUGUUUCUGUACAGCUCAGUAAGUCAUUCUGAAGGUAUACACACACAACCUGCACUCUAGAGCAUAGUUAUCUAUAAAAGCCUUUUACAUCUUGUUUUCUGAAUUUCAGUCUUUUUGGACACCGAGUUUCAUAGCUGUUAUGUUCAGUCCUUGUAAUAGCAGGGAUCUUUGGACUUUAAAAUGAAAAAUCUACAGGUUUCCUUUUUUUCCUUUUUUUUUUUUUUUUCCUCCUGUGGCCCUUUGGAUUAAAAACAGGAGUUACUACCUGUGGAGAUGGAACCCUCAAAGCUUGACUGUUGUAUAAAAGGGAAAAAAAAAAAAAAAGAGAGAAAAAGGUUGCUUUAAAAAUAGUAAUUUGAGUUUGUUACUGCAGGGAAAUACGCCAUUCUGCAGUAGGUCACUUGCUUCACUGUGAACAUCAAGCACUUUCCAUGUUCCUCCACUACUGCUGUGAACACCUCUAGCACUCUGCCCUUGACACUCUCGGUGUAUCUCUUUUAUUCCUGUGUAGUUGUGCAGACAUAGCUGCAAAGGAAAAUUGUUCCUUUGUUUCUGAGUCUAUGAUGCAGGUAAUGAGGGUUUUUUCACUUGUAUUUCCACAUCUACUGUACAGAUAGAUCCAGAGGCCCUUUCCAGCCAUUCUGCAUGGUGCUGUGAAGUCACUAUAUCACUUCAACAGAAAUAGGCGCAUCAGAAGGCAAACUGAAAAGUACACCAAUACUGUUUCUAAACUGCUACUCCAUUCAUUUCUUCUUGUGGUCAGACUGUAAUUGAGGGAUUGCAGUGAUGAAAGAAUCAUUCCUAAAAUGCCUUGUGUGGCCUCUCACUGUUUUGCAAAAAAACUGUAGUGAAGAGAUCUAAAAAACGUUGGGGAUUUCAAGGGGAAUUCCAGAAGCUGUUGGAAUAUUUUGUGUAUGUGUUUUGUUUUUAAACAGUAAAGGCAGCUUUACGAGCCAGUGGUUUUGAAUGUCGUUUCUUGUACAGUGUUUUGCCUGGUGUUGGACUGCGAGACUGAAGCUGAGGAAAAAAAAGAAAAGGCCUCCUUGAAGUGCAGAGUUGAAUUGUGAGGUAGAAGAGUCCCUGUGGAUUUUUACAACUUCUUUCUUACAGUCUGUCCCUCUGAGUACACAACUGGUUUGUUCAUUGCUUUAGGAUAAUACAUUGUAUGCUGAACUACUGUAAGAACACAGCUCUUAUGCUUUUGCAAAACACAUGUUUUAAUGUAUAUGAUGUCCUGAUUAUAGCUGAAAGUGCACUGAAACAAGAGCAGUGCUGACACUGAGUUCCCCCUGCACAGGAACAGCACAAACGAUGUCUAGGUAGUCCUUCCAAAAUACUUUCCAAAAGUACGUUUAAAAAUGAUGCAUCAGAGCCAGUUUGAGGGGUUUGGUGCUAUUUUUUUUUAACCAAGAAGAGUCAACCUCUCAUUUCCUUAAAGCAGGGACUUGCUGUGCUGCUGAGGGAGGUUUGGGACACAGGAGCCGGUUGAUUAUUUUUUUAUUUAACUGGGAAUUCUCAAGUACAGUCCUUCACUUUCAUUAUGUUCUUGAACUUCUUUUCCUGUCUGCAGUCCAGGCAAAAUGGGUAAACAGGACUCAGCUUUCAGCAAUUUAAAACCUGAAAACAUGUUUUAAAGCACAGUUCUAAGCUGCUUCUCGGUGUUCUCAUAAAUGUUUAAAAUUAGAAGCCUUUUUUCCUGAGCCUGAAAGCAUUCUUACAUUUCAGGCUAUUAGGAUUAUGGUAGAUCAUGAAAGGUUGGGAUUUUUGAAAAUACAUCUGUAUUUAAUGCAAAGCUAUUCUUUGUUUUAGAAACGUGUUUGUUUUGAAUUUGUGCUCAGUUUGAUAGCAUUUGGAAGUAUGAAACGAGCCGUACUUACAGUACCAUUAGGUAGUGCGUGUUUGCUGUUCAACAGAAUGGUUGUCACGAGUGCAGACUGUUGUUUACCUUCAAGUCGGACAAGCUAACAUCUGGUUUUGCACAUAAAUUACAGUUUUAAAUUGUUAAAACGAAUGGUAUUGCUUUUGUCGCUGUAGAUUUUUUUCCCCUCUGAUUUUUCAUUAAAUCUCUGUUUCAGCUUCACUCUUAAA